CGCUUUGUUCCAUUAUUUAUAACCACCGUAAAGUUAUUUAUAUUUUUCAACGCUCAGAUGGUUCACUUGCAUCAUUUUACCGUCAGAAUUUUUAACUCUAUUAAAUUAUUAUCAAUUAUCGAUACAAGACGUCCAAUUAAAAAGCCCGAGUAUGUGUUCGAUAACGUGGAUAGAUAUUUAUCGCAAGGUAAGCCGGUGAAUCUACUGUGCGGUGCUCAGUCUCUAGUCGAGUUGGUGAUCGCAGUUCGUUAACACGAGUGUAUAUCAACAUGAAGAACAACUUCCAGUUAAUCGGAUAAUCGUUGACAUACUUCAUAAAAACCACAAUUAUUUGUACUCUGUUGUUUGUUAAUUUAUUUGUUAGUGCCGUUAAAAAUAUACCAAAAUUGCGGCUUCAAAGGCAAAAGAGCUCAAGGGCCCAUCCAAAUUAGGAAUGGGAAACUCAAAGUCACGAUGCACAAAAAUGUUUGCUAGCAAAAGCGACGACGACCACACGUCAGUCAGUUCUGUUGAGUCGAGAGACCCACCGUUUUCGACGGACAUCAACGACGGCUGGACAGCAGACCAUGAGCUAGAGCUUCUUCGUCGGACUAUCGAACAAGAUCCAGAGAUUUUCAUCCUCAACAAUCUCAUGAUGUCCAUCCAGUUCUUUGAGAAUUAUGACGAAGAAAUAGCGAGCAUAAGGCAGACACUUGUGUCGUCACUUGAGGAGGAAUUCAACACCUGCUUGCCGGCACAGAAGCAUGUUCUCAUACCGGAUGUACUUCAAGAGCGCCUCGCGCGUAAAGUUGACUUCACUUACGUCGGGCCGUCGAUGAUACCUUCCGUGGAAUCUCUCCAGCCGAUUCGUGUCUUUGUUGUUCAUGACAACAUCGAAGUCUCGGAGCAGAGUUUCGCUUCGCCUUAUUGCAGCGUAAAUGAAACAGUCACUUACAGCAUGCAGUUGAAGCCCAGCAAACAUAAAGGAUAUGCGUUGUUGCAGCGGCUAGAAGUAAAUCCCUCUAGGAGGAAGACCCAACGGGCGAGUGUAAAUGUGAUAUAUAGUGACGGUGAUAGUUAUUACAAUGGUAGUAAAACUAGUCCAGAUAACAACAGCUUGUCAGCGGAUCGCGAUAAGAAAUCUAACGGAAGCGGAAGUUCAAAUUUAACGGCAUCAUCUUCUAAUUUAAAUUACGAAGACAGCGCGUAUGAUGAGAGGGAUAAUUUUAAUUUUAGCACCGGUAAAUUUAAAAAGGAACAAAAUAGGAAACAAAUCAAUGACAGAGGGGACGCGAGGACCAGGCAGACCAGAGAUAAAUUAUUUAAUGGAGCUGCCAGUUCUGCUGAAAGCACCAGUUCGGGUUACAAGUCCAGCAACUAUGCCAUUGACAGCGACAGUGACGGAAGUUACGCGAUUUCGACUGUCGGUGAUGUAAAAGUUGACUCAGAGACCGAGAGACCGGUAUUCAGUCCGGAAAUUCCUCGUGAGUGUUUCGAAAUUUACGACCCGCGGACUACGCGAGUACAAAAAAAUCUUAACAGUAAAGACAGAAAAAUAAGAGGAAUCAUUCAUAGUCGCAAGUACGAUGUCUGGUAUUUAAAUAGCCGAAAAUUUAUGGAUCAUUUUUAUGAAUUAUUUACUAAUGGGUUGUCUGACUUGAUGGGAUUUGAUGCGGAUGAGGAUGAAGAUGGACCUUUGGGAGCAGUAAUUUAUCGGGAUAAAAUAGAACCACUGGAGUCGUUGAUUGGUACCAAAGAUGACCAGUUCGCUAUUAUACCUUGCAUCUGGCUACCCUGGCCGGAAAUCGCUGACGAGUGGCUCGACCGACCGCGUACCACGUGGCCCGACUACGACGUCAUUGAAAGAGUCAAGGAAAUUGGAUGCUACAUUAUUCCUGAGGGCUACGCUGAAGAAAAUGGAAACAACAGCUUGAAGAAUCUCGAGUGGGAAUUGACCUUUCCGGCGGCGGAACGUUAUUUAGAAACGUGUAUGGGUUAUUCACAAGCUCGAGUCUACUUUAUGGCUCUGGUGCUCAAGAAGACAUUCAUCCGUCCUAUAGAUUCAUUUGUUGGACUCACGGCCAAUCAUAUCAGACAUCAUAUGUUCUGGAUGAUUGAGGAACUCGACACACCUUCCAAGUGGAUGGAGAACCGCAUGGGCGAAUGCUUGAUGACCUUCUUGGGGACUCUGUACCACUCAAUCAGCCAAGACGAACCCAUAAUGCAGGACUAUUUUAUAAAAGAAAAAAAUAUAUUUCCGGCAAAAAAAUACCUUCUAAGAACGCAGAAACAGCUGAAGAGAAUUAUUGAGAAUCCGGUGAUGUAUUUUAUUCACGCGAUGCAAAAUAUUAAACACAGCAGGAGUUUUUUUCCGAAAUUAGACUACGCGACGUUGCUGAGAAUACUCACUGAUGAUAUUUUGAUGCUGAUAAAUCCGCAUCUGGGUGGAACUCGAACGAUCAAGUCUCAGUCAAAGAGUAUUGAGUCUUUGGAAAAAAUUUAUGAACCUACUGGAGGGUUUUGGGACAGCGCGAAACAUGAGAAAGAAAAACGUCGGGUCAGGAAAAUGGUUACUAGUAAAAACCUUGUCGACACAAAGACUUCUUACGACCAAAUUUUAGAAAUUCCGGUAAAGUGUGCGGAAAUGGAACCGCAGAGACUGUGCUUGCUGCUGGACUUAUUUAUCAGACACUUUAUUAGAAUAGCGGAGUGUUGUCACAAGUAUCGAUCACUGUCACAGAAGACAGUGUACAUCGAACACUCGGAGAGACUCUGCAUGAUUUUAUCAAAGUACGACAGCUAUAAAGACGACGCAAAAGCUUACUUAGACAGACUCCACGCGCUGAAACGCCGCGUCGCCAGCACGAAACCCCAGAGUGAUCCUCCCGAGACUCCGAUUCGCAAUUCCGAUCGGUCUAUUUUCUCGGCCUCGCUCAACAACCGCUUCCAUCAUCCAGUAGAAUCUCAAACAUCCGCGCCAUUACCCUCGAUCGGUGAGUCUGUGGACUACACACGAGAAAAUUUCAAAGCUAAAAGUAGUAAUGAGGGUCCCCAUGAACUUGAAUCCCCUCCAGCCCGCAAGCACGUCACCAUGGCAGUAGUUCACGAGGUUCAGUCAUCCUCGAGCUCGUCUACCGAAGCAAUCGAGCUCCAGCAAAUGGGGAAUUCAAAUGAAAAUAGUGAGAAAAAUAAUAAGCCGCGAUCUGUUUCGCUGAAUGCCGACAAGAACUUGCAAGAAGAAACGACCUACAUUUGAUUUAAAUAAUUUAGCUUACCUUUAUAUUAUUUAAAUAAUGACAGCUACUACUUACUGUAUAAAUAACUUUUAUAAUUAUAUAUAUUAAAUAAAAUAUUUAAUUUAU